GGAAUUGCGACUUAUUAAGCAAUUGCAUUUUCGCUGCGCCGGCGAACUGAAGUUAAAUUGUCUAUUCGCAUCCGCACUAGCACGACAUCAAGGAAACCCAAAAUGCUGUCCAGGGUCUUCUGCAUGCGCCUGAACACCUAUGGUGUGGUCAUUGGAUGGCUGGGCGUGAUUCUCUCCUUCUUGGCCACGAUCAUUUUGUCCGUCGCCCUGGGAUUCGUCGAUGAAAUUGCGCAGCAGAUCGCCAAGGAUUCCAAUAAUUCCGACAUGACGGCCACCCAGAUUCGCAGUGUGCUAAUCAUCGUGUUCAGUGUUUACUUGGCGCUCAAGGUGAUUAAUCUUCUGGCUUCGGCCAUGUUGGUUGCAGGUACCGUUAAGGAACGUCAUCUGCUCCUGCUGCCCUGGCUGAUCAACAAUGGAGUCCUGCUUGUCUUUGGAAUCGUCGCCAAUAUUGCAAUGUUGGCCCAGGUCAUCGAAACUACGCCAUUCGUGGGCGCCCUUCCGAUCAUUUUGGUGGAUGUGGGCCUGCUUGUGCUGAGCUGGUAUCUGUACUACGGCAUCUACUCGCUCUUCAAGCAGAUCCAGGCAUCCAGUGAGAUCCAGCGCCCGCUGAUCCCGCCGCCGACCCAGCAGACCAACUCCUAUCCCAGCUACACCAAGAUUUAAGCCCGCUUGAAACUUUCCAUUUGGCGAGCUCUGAUUAAAUACUGUUCGAAUGCUAUCAAUGGGGCUUCCCCAAAUAACCCACUAUUUCCCUAGCUAGUAACACCAAAAUUAUUUGCUACACGGUAUUUCCGUUGCAUUAGAGAACGAAUAUCCGUGUGUACAUCCUAUAUAUUUACUUGAACGCGAUCGUGUCUAUACGUAUAUUCGAACGAAAUGGCCAAUACUCGAUAUUUCGAUUGGCUGCAAAAAAUAUAUAUAUUUUGUAUACAUA